AUGGCAGCCCUCUUCUCCAGUGGUUGGCUGUUCAAGCCCACCAAUAGUAAAUCUGGAAAACAAAAGCCCAUUCCAUGGAAAGCUAUCAGGAAGGGGGUGUGGCCUUAUGGUACAGUUGACGCUGAGAUUGUCUCUAUUGAUUCCUUCAGCAAGUCGCCUCCCAAGCGUGGGCUGGUAGUUGGAAUAACGUUUAUUAAGGAUUCCGGUGAUAAAGCAAGUCCUUUCCCAAAUAUAUACUGCGACUAUGAGCCUGGAUCUGAGUAUAAUCUGGAUUCCAUUGCCCAGAGCUGCUUAAACCUGGAGCUGAAAUUCACCCCCUUUCAGUUGAGUCACGCAGAGGUACAGGACGGAGACCAGCAGGAGACAGUGUUUUUACUCGGAGGCAACGAUCAGUACAUUCACCUGUACAAGGAGAAUGAAGGUCUGCACCAGUUUGAAGAACAGCCAGUGGAGAAUCUGUUCCCAGAGCUGAGAGAUCUCCCCAGCAAUGUUACCUGGCUGAGUGUUCACAAUAUUCCGGAUACCCAGAGGCGCAUUACAGCAUAUGGAUGUCAGAGCGGAUAUUUCUGUGUCUCACAUGUGGAUCAAGGAAAGAGAGGCCAAAUGAGUAACAAGAUGAAGGAAGAUUAA